AAUAUAAACAUCCCUACUGUUCGUCCGUACCAGAUAACGCAGAGAGAGAGAGAGAGAGAGAGAGAGAGAGGGAGGGAGGGAGGGAGAUGAAGCCGUCGCCGGUAGAUUUGUUCGCAGACCUAGAAGAUCCUAACUCGACGAUGGCGAUGGAUGUUGACGACGUCGACGCGGAGUUUUUCGGCGAAGGCCCACUUAUCUCCGACAACAAGCUCGCCGACGCCGACUUCUUCAACUCCUUCCAAGACGACUUCGACGACGCUGACAUCAACUAGUAGGGUUUCAUAAGCUCUUUUUUAACUGAAAUGUGGAAUUGCUUUCGUAAGAUACUCUCUGAGCUUUAGAUAUGCGCUUAGCGAGAUAUAUAUGGACCUCCGAUUACUAUGUUUUUUUUCUUUCUCAAGUCUUGUCGCGCUUUUCGUAAGCUUUUUUUGACUGAAUGAUGAAAUCAUCAGAUUCUCUCUGGGCUUUGAAAUGCGUUACUGGAUGAAUGAUGAAAUCAUCAGAUUCUCUC